AUCGUAUGUUCUUCUUCUUCUUCUUCACUUUCUAUGGGAGAUAGAAAAGACGAUGUUAGAAUCUACAUAAUCUUCUUCUUCUUCUUCGUCUGCAGCACCACCGGAGGAAUCCUCCUCUGCCUCUACAUCUUCCUCCCAUCUACGCACAACCCUGAAUCAUGGUUCGCCAUUCUCGGCCUCGUCCUCGUAGCCAUUCCGUGGAUCGUUUGGUUUCUCAUUUAUCUCUAUCGAUGCUUCAAACCCAUGAUCGUCGAUGGCGGCGGUGACCGGAACAUUCAAGAUAACAACAACAACAAACCCUCCAGCCCGCCAAAAUCUGCCGCUGCACCAUCGUCAGAUGCCGCCGCCGUUGCCCGGCCUUCCGCCAGCAGCUACGAGUCCGCCUUCACUCAUUCCCAAAAUAAUGGUGGCCCGCCGGAUCAGGGAGCCGGCGGGGAACGCCACGUGCAUUUUGGAGCCGUCGUGGUGAUGGAGAACGGAUCGUCCCGAGGUAGUAAUAGCAGCCAAAGCCAAAGAUCUCAUCACCGCAAGACGGCCGUGGACCGUCGUAAAGAGUUUUCCGGCGAGUUAGAUUGUCAGGAGGGUGAAGAAGCAAUGUUAGAAAGUGAAAGACCUUUAACCUCAGUAACAGAUCGAUCAUCGUGACGUGCGUCAUGCCUUGCGAAUCAAAGAUGAAGAAAAAUCGAACAUCUAGAUAAAUCAAAGAUGAAGCAGAAAAGAAGACGAAUUGAAGAUAUGGAGAAAUCGAAGAUGAAGCAGAGAAGAAGACGAAGAUGGAGUUCUGGGAAAAGGAUGAGUCAUCGUCAUCAAGCUUCAGCUAGAUGCAAUGGAGAAGAGGAGACGGAGGUGGCUGAGCAGAGGAGGUCUGAAAUUGAACGUUAGAGCGAGGUUGAUCCUGACCACCAAUGCUGAGGAGGACGCCGUCAUUCACAGACCUAGUUCACCAGAAGAUUCAGUGGGACGAGAGGGAGGAAGAGAGCUGAUAAUCCAAAUAGGCUGAGUUAAUUUGGAUUGGGUUUAAUUUAAGCUGGCUUAUUUAGA